CUAAUCUAUGUAUAUAUAAAAGACAUACAACAUGCACCUUUUUGCAAAUUAUAUGUGUUUAAUCACCAGAAACGGACCGUUAACUUGUUUGUUAAGUUUGAUCUAUUGAUCCAUCGAGCAACAUAAUUAUCGAGAUCGUGAGUUUGCGAUGGCAGGAGACGAAGUGGUGAUACCGGGGUUCAGAUUCUACCCGACGGAAGAAGAGUUGAUAUUGUUCUACUUAAAGAACAAGAUACGAGGAACAAACGAAGUACAGCAAGAUAUUGAUCGAGUCAUCCCACAGCUUCAUGUUUAUGAUUUCUAUCCAUGGGAUCUCCCUGAAUAUGCAGGAGAGCGUUGUCAAGGAGACCCUGAGCAAUGGUUCUUUUUCAUCCCUAGACAGGAAAAAGAAGCGCGAGGGGGUCGACCAUCACGCCUCACCCAAUCUGGCUACUGGAAGGCCACUGGCUCCCCUAGUAUCGUUUAUUCUUUAAGUAAUCGCGCCAUCGGGGUCAAGAGAACCAUGGUUUUCUACAACGGUAGAGCUCCCACCGGGACUAAGACUAAAUGGAAGAUGAAUGAAUACAAGGCUUUUCAAGAAGAAUCCUCCUCGAACACUAACCGAAAACCCGAGCUGAUGGAAGAAUUUAGUUUAUGCCGGGUGUAUGUGAAAUCAAACUGUUUAAGAGCAUUCGAUAGAAGGCCGUCCGGAGUGAUGAUAAAUGACCAGCAACCACCAGUUCCACAACCCUUUCACAACAACGAACAUCAUGCAACCACAUCGACUCGUCAUGGCCAGCCAUCGGUGUUAGAGAGAACAACAAGCUUAUCCGAUCAUAGUCAUUGCUCGUCGGAUGACCAAACUGUUAAUCAUCCUCACUAUACAAUGGAAAGUGAUGAUCAUAAUUUGUGGGAAUGGGAAGAACUUAAGAAAUGGUUCUAGGUUUUCACAUUGAUCAGGAGGAAGAAGACACAAGUUAAUGGAAGACUUUAUUUCGUAAGUUAUUUAAGAAUUAUUUGAAUAAGUGGAUGAUUGUAGUAUGGAUUAUAAGAACUAAGUAUUAUGAUUUUGA